AUGGACUCCUCCUUAAAUUGGAUGUCCAGCUGGUCUGCCACUUUGAAGCCGACCGAACACCAGGUGGAGGCCUUCCUCGGUGGCCCGGCGAUGGCCGUGGUCGAACCGCCCACCACCAUGGUGGACGCGCUCGAAGAGCUUCCAACUGGUACCCCAGAGAUUUUCUUGGCCUACAUACAGCGGGACAUCAACUGCUUGUCUGAGGAGAACUUGUCGGUUCGCCUUCAAUCUCUGCAGAAGUUGGAGCGAGUGCUGGUGAAGCAAAUCGAUAGCUUGGCCACUGACAUUGUUGAUGCUGUAGUGGAUGCACUGCUCAAGCCUUACAUUUUCCCAUCCUUGGUGGCGCGGCUCGGCUCUGAGGACUUGGAUGGCGUAGCGCACCUCCCAGAGAUCAUGCGGCCGGAUCCUGAACAGAAGCCCACGGAGAUCGCGCAGCCUGACAGCGAGGAGGUCCGACUGCAGCUGGGGCACUUUGUCGCCUCGUUGCUGAGUCGAUGUAGCCCAACGCAGAUCUACUCCUACAUCGAUGAGGCCACCGGGCUGAUCCGUGCCGCAGCGAUGGAUCCCUUCCAUGAAGUGAAGGCCUUGGCCUGUGAGACCAUGAUCUCCUUCUGUUACAACCACACAGAGAUGCUCUUGCACUUUGCUUUGCCGCUGGCUAGAUCCCUUACGUCUUGCCUCACCCACAACCACGCCAAACUCCGCAUCGCGGGCCUCCGCGCGGUGACCGCGUGCCUGUGGUGUGGCGUGCCCUGGCCGAGCCGAUUCGGGUUUCGCUUCGGGCCGCGGAGAAUGACCAGAAAGGGAUCGGUAAAGCUGAUUCCUCCAGUCCUUCAGUUUCGUUUCUUGUUGAUUGCUUCUGUCUUUCAUGGUCUAAUGUGA